UACCUUUUCAAAAAGUGUGAGAAUUUCCUGUGGGGGCCUGGAGUGAAGAAACUCACAAACCAACACGCAGUCCCCUCUCCCUUUCCUAGGCACCCCUCACUUGUGAAGGGCAGACUUGGGGGCCUGACCUGGCUAGCUGUGUCCUAGCCCAGCUGCUGCAAGCUCCCCAGCUACCCACCUCCUUUUAGUCCUAGCCUGUCCUGGAUCUCUGCACUUGGGGCACAAGCCAGGGUGACACCCACUUCCUGGCAAGUUCUUGCCUUCCUGCAAGUCGCUACCCGCCACGGGAGAGAUGACUGCUGGAGGGCCCGCCCCUUAGUCCAGAGGCCGGCUCUGGAUUGGGUUCCGAGAGGGGCGAGCAACAGACAAGUCCCCGCCCCGUCCAGAUUCCACAAGCUUUGUGGCCGCCGGCUGGUUUUGCGGGGUGGGGAAGGCGCGGGGUCAUGGGGCUGGGGUUAGGCGGGGCGUGUCACUAGCUCAGCGGAGCAGGAUGGCGGCGGAGUGGGACGCCGAGGGGCGCGCGGCGGCUCGGCCUCUGCUCACCGACUAUUACCAGGCCACCAUGGCGCUGGGCUACUGGCGGGCAGGCCGGGCGCUCGACCCCGCCGAGUUCGAGCUUUUCUUCCGCCGCUGCCCAUUCGGCGGUUCCUUCGCCCUGGCCGCGGGCUUGCGCGACUGCAUGCGCUUUCUGCGCACCUUCCGUCUUCUGGACGCAGACGUGCAGUUCCUGGCCUCGAUGCUGCCCCCAGACACGGACCCUGCGUUCUUCAAGCACCUUCGGGCCCUUGACUGCUCCGGGGUGACCGUGCGAGCCCUUCCUGAGGGCUCUCUUGCUUUCCCAGGCGUUCCGCUCCUUCAGGUCUCAGGGCCGCUCCUUCUGGUGCAGCUGCUGGAGACGCCGCUCCUCUGCCUGGUCAGCUAUGCCAGUCUGGUCGCCACCAACGCAGCCCGGCUUCGCCUGAUUGCAGGGCCAGAUAAGCGACUGCUGGAGCUUGGCCUGCGGCGUGCUCAGGGCCCAGAUGGGGGUCUCACGGCCUCCACCUACAGCUACCUGGGCGGGUUUGACAGCAGCAGCAACGUACUUGCUGGGCAGCUUCGGGGUGUGCCGAUAGCUGGAACCCUGGCCCACUCCUUCAUCACUUCAUUUUCAGGCAAUGAGGUGCCCCCUGACCCGAUGUUGGCUCCAGCUGCUGGCAAAGGCCCCAGGGUGGACCUGGUUGCCAGUGUAAAGUUGUGGCUGGAGCGAGUGUGUGCACACCUGGGGCUGGGGUUGCAAGAGCCCCACCUGGGGGAGCAGGCAGCUUUUGUGGCCUAUGCUCUGGCCUUUCCCCGGGCCUUCCAGGGCCUCUUAGACACCUACAGUGUGCGGAGGAGUGGUCUUCCUAACUUCCUGGCAGUAGCCCUGGCACUGGGGGAGCUGGGCUACAGGGCAGUGGGUGUGAGGCUGGACAGUGGUGACCUACUUCAGCAGGCUCAGGAGAUCCGCAGGGUCUUCCGGACCACUGCUGCCCAGUUCCAGGUGCCCUGGCUGGAGGCUGUCCCCAUCGCUGUCAGCAACAAUAUUGAUGAGGAAGAGCUGGCCCGAUUGGCCCAGGAGGGCAGUGAGGUAAACGUCAUUGGCAUUGGCACCAGUGUGGUCACCUGUCCCCAACAGCCUUCCCUUGGCUGCGUCUACAAGCUGGUAUCUGUGGGAGGUCAACCUCGAAUGAAGCUGACCGAGGACCCUGAGAAACAGACAUUGCCAGGGAGCAAGGCUGCUUUCCGGCUCCUGGGCUCUGAUGGGUCUCUGUUGAUGGACCUGCUUCAGUUGGCAGAAGAGCCACCGCCCCAGGCUGGGCAGGAGCUGAGGGUUUGGCCUCGAGGGGCUCAAGAGCCCUGCACCGUGAGGCCCGCCCAGCUGUGUGAGCCGCUCCCGUCCCUGUCAGAGUCCAGAGCCUUUGCCCAGCAGUCCCUUAGCCGCCUCAGCCCUGCGCACAGACGGCUGCAGAGCCCUGCAGUGUACCAGGUGGGCAGAAGGCCUGUGGGUGGGCAGCCCUGUGUACGUACACCCCACCCUCCACCAUCCACCUGCCAGCCCCCUCCUGUCUCCCGCAGGUUGCUCUCUCUGAAAAGCUUCGGGCCCUGGUGGACAGUCUGAGUGCUGGAGGCCUCCUGUGAGAAUCCCUGGCGGUGGGGGGGAGUGCUGCCUGGAAACAACAUGACUCUUUCAUUGUCC